CUGAACAGUGAAGAACUUUCAGGGAAACCCAAGAGAUAAAGACAAACUACAUCUGUGUGUUUCUGCUGCAGCCGCUGAGAGCUUCCUUCAUCUCCUAACAAGGUACAGUGUCAUCUGACCACAAAAAAAUCCACUUCAGUCCAGGCACCAAACUGUGACACAAUGAAAGUUGCUGUUGUGUUUGUCCUCCUCUUUGCCACAGUUCUCUGUCGGCCGGCAAGAAAAGGUUCCGACAGCAGUUCAGACAGCUCUGAGGAGGUGGUGAGGCGACCAGCCGCUCCAGUCAUCAGAAGACAGCAACUAGUGGUUCCUAAGCAUAGAGUGGCACCUCCACCUGUGCAGCCUGUUGUAACAGCAGCUGCAGUGAAUUCAGAUGAGAGCACAGAGACUUCAGAGGAGGAAGAGGAGGUGGCAGCAGCAGAGUCUCCAGUAGAGGUCAAAGCUGAUGGGACAAAACUAGUUCCCACCACAGAUACUGCCUCUGUCGACAGCAAAGACAGUGAUGAUGAUGAUGAUGAUGAUGAUGAUGAAACAGAGGAAAGUGAAACAGAAGAAGAGGAAGAUAAUUCCACUGACAGCUCAGAGUCAGGAGAGUCCUCCACCCCUGCGCCUGUGACUGUCAACCCUGUGGUCGUCACAGACGAGCCCAUAGCUGAAACCACCAUAGACACCAUCUUGCCCACCAUUGUCACUGACACUGAUGGAGGCCGCGGUGACAGUUUGGGAGGUUACCCCAGUGACUAUAAGUCCAUUGUCUAUGUGGAAGAGAAAUCCUACCACAAGAUUCCAGGUCCUUACAAGUCCUAUGAGUUUGUUGGCACAGGAAAGAAGGUGGCCUAUGACAUGACAGACGGUAACGAGGUGGAGAAGUCACCAAAGGUCUACAAGGUACAGGCUUUCCAGAUCCAGUCUGACCCCUUGGAGGAGGACACGAGCACCCCUGAGGUGGAGACCCAGGGCUUGGAUACCUCCUCCGGCUCAUCUCAUGACCAGGACAUCAGCGCACGCCAGGCCUCCCUUCCAGAGGAGCAAGAGGAGAGCACAAGCACCAGUGAAGCCACAACCAGUGAGAGUGAAAGCAGCAGCACUCCAGAGGAAGACGAGGAUAAUGCCAGCACCAACAGUGACAGCGCCAGCGCCAGCGAGGAGUCUGAGGAUGAGGAGAGCCAGAGCAGCGAGGAGCCCACGGCCACACCUGGAGCUGCCGACAGUGAUUCAGAUGAGAGUGACAGUGCUGAGAGUGACUCAGAUGAGGAGGGGGCGGCACUGGACACCACUACUGACAUGCCAGUGGUCAUCACUGCCAAAUAAGGCCCACCCACUCAGGAAAUGAGGCAGAUGAUGAUGUCAUAAUCACAUUAAGAGCUGCACCCAGGUGUGAAGACCUCCCUCCCAAGCCAAUUCCACUGCAGGGUCAAACAGGGAAAACCACGGCUUAAUUGUUGAUUUUAAUGUGUGCAGAUGAUAUUUUUGUCUUUAUUUGGUUCUAAUUUAGAGAGAAAACGUUUUUCUGUGAAUUUAUUUAAAUAAACCAAUAACUUGCGGUUUAGUAGUAUUAAAAAAAUACCAUGUUUUGUCCCACUGUAUAGAAAAGGUUGAAAAUGACAGUUGCUACCUGCAACAGGAGGUUGACUAACCUCAUGGUGUUUGAUUCCUCCCCCUUUCCCUUCCCUUGUUACUUUUACUGCAGGGUACACAGUCAAAACUGGGAAAGAACAAGGAAGCACACAAAGCUGAAUCCUGAUAUCUACACCAGCACAACAUGCAUUUAAACAUCAGUAACAGUUACAUGCAAACUUUUUUUUUGGCUUUUGAAAUAGAGAAAAGUGCACAGGUAUGAAUACUUGUAAUCAUUUUGAGCAUGAUAGAAUUUAUACUUGACUUGAAGCCAUGCAUUUGCUGCCAGUGUGGCUACGCUUCCUUCCUCGCUGACUUUAUAUGUUGCUGUGUGGAUAAAAGGAUGUAAAGACAGAAAUUCCCACUACAGGGUUCAGUCUGGCAUAGAUCCAGUACACCCACACACACACACCCACACACACACACACACACACACACACACACACACACACACACACACACACACAUACAAGCAAUGCAGUCCUGUUCAUUUGCACAGUUCCUACCUGCACUACAUGCUUGUCCCAUGUGGUUUACUGUAAUGUAACAUAUUGUACCAUUUCUAAAAUAUUAAUAAAGUUCUUUUUCAUAUAAAGA